UUCAAUCUCAAAACACCUCUCCAGAGCCGUAUGGCUCCGUACUUUCUUCUCCAACCUCGUCGCUUGGCAGGCGCUCCAUCAACUAUUACUACACUGCUAAUGCAGCCGGUGGAGACAGUGUCUACGAUCCAUGCUACUCUCCGUUUGACGAAGACGGAUCUUCGUUCAACCCCGGAACCUUUAAUUCGUAUGACUCUUCCACGGAUUCAUUCUCAUUUGUCUCUUCUUAUUCGCGAGCUCUUCCCAAAGUUCCGCUCAAGGAAUAUACCACAGGUGAAAUUGACUUUCCUCUUCUCUCGCCUUCACAACUUGUCACGUCUCAUGAAGCUCUUUCAAUGAAAUGCAGAGACCCUUGGUCACUGAAUAGCCUCUACAAGUGGUGUCGAGAUGUAUUGGCACCAUUAAUGGUGAAACAAGAGGAAGGUGGGUAUUAUCAUUACGAAGUUGCACAGGCAAUGGCUACUCUUUUUACCCUGCGUAUUCCAAAAUUGGAUUUCUUACUGGCCGAAAUGUUAGCGAAAAAUAUUCUCAUUGAUUGGAUUCGUGAGGGUGUUGUGAAUGUGCUUAACUUUGAAAAGCUCUUAAUUGAAUUUAAUCAUAAGGAAGAUUUAGAACACGCCGGAGUUCUGCCCGCACUGACUACAGGUGGAUGUUAUUCGUACACUUGUUGCUCCCAAGACCGUUCAGACAAAUGUGCUUGCUACAGCUCAAGAUGCCUGCACUCACCCUUGCAGAAAUGCUUCGAAAAUGCUGACUUGUCUAAUUCCUGGAACAACUAUUGGAAUCUUCCACUGAGUGAUGAGUUGCCUGGUCUGCUUACAAAAAAGGAGAUCACACGACAGAAUAACAUUCACGAACUUAUAUGCAAAGAAUCUGAGUACGUCGCGGAUUUGGAUUCUCUUGCAGAUCUGUUUCGUGAUGGGCUAUUAAAAUCUGAAACGGAUAUCAUUCCGCUGGGUCGCUUGGCAGAUUUUAUCCAAUCCGUUUUCGGAAACGUCGAAACAAUAAGAACGAUUCACUCGCAUAGAUUUUUGCCGCAAUUGCUCGUUCGUGAGAAACUUCAAGGGCCCAUUGUAUCGUCCAUUGGAGAUGUAAUAUUGGAGUGGAUACGUGUGGCCCGUGAUGGCUACAUUAAUUAUGCACGACAAUUUCCUCUUGCGGAUGAGACGUACAAGUUUGAGUGCCAAAGAAAUACUUGCUUUGCCAAAUGGCUCGCUGGUUGCAGAAUGGAUCCAAGGUGUCGGCGAUUAGACUUUCAACAUUUUCUACAGCGUCCUACUCAAAGAUUGCAACGGUAUACGUUGGAAUUAAACACGAUUUUGAAGCAUACCGACCCCGAAAGUUUGGAUUACAAAUUCCUCACUCAAGCCUUGAAGGACAUUCGCGCUACAUGUGAAGAGUGCGAUGCAGUUAUUGCGACAGUCCUUGAGACUAAUCGUAUCCGUGACCUUUCGUUUCAACUUCUUUUCAAGAAUAACGAGCACGUGAAUUUGGAUCUUCGAAGUCCUUUGAGGGAGUUCUUUUACGAGGGCGAGGUUUUACGAAAAAGCAAUUCGCGUUUAGAAUGGUUGAAUAUCCAUCUUUUCUUACUAGAUAAUUAUCUAGUAAUGACCAAAGUAAAGAGGGAAAGAAAAAGUUCUGCUACGAAAUAUCUUGUUUCCAAAAGGCCUAUUCCAUUAGAUCUUCUGGUCGUGGAAAGAAUUGAUGAUUUAUCUUUACAUCGGUCUAGCCCUUCAAGAAUGUUUGGAAACUUUUCACUAACUACUUCAGAGGGAACGUUUCGUACACGCAGAUCCUCUAUGCGUUUAAACAAAUUCCAAUCGCAGUCCACGCUUUCCGAGAAACACAAGCGUUCGAACAGCGAUAAUACCUUGUCUCCAGGACGAUCUGAAAAACAACAACUUUUUGCAUUUGCUGUUCGACACUUAGGGCGAACUCCUAUGACAUACACGUUUUAUACUGAGACAGCUCAAGCAAGAAAAAUAUGGAUCGAAAAAUUAAAUUUUGCUCAGAAACGACAUGCUCAAAAACAGCAUGACAAGGUUCCCUUUGCCGCUAAAGUCUUGUCCGACGUUCUUUUUAAGGACACAUCAGAUGGUCCAUACUUUAAUUCCUCAUCUCAAGAUUCUUCUGCAAAGAUUGACCUUGUUGAAGGUUCAGUUGUGGACAGGGCUCUGCAAGAAGCCUCUUGGAAAUAUCCAAUCCCUACCGCGGGUGACUUACCAAAUGCUAUAGCUUCAGGACCUGUGUUUAGUAUUGCUCAAUUUUGCUUAGAAGGGAAUACCGUCUCAUUUUUUGCUGCAACCUGCAACGGAGUUUUCUACGGUGAGCAUGGUAAAGACAAAGACAUCCGCAGUUGGCGGAAGGUCUUCGACCAUAGAAGAGUCACUCAGCUCGGCGUUCUCGAAGAAUUUGAUCUGUUAUUAGAGCUGAGAGAUAAAACUCUCUUCGCACACAAGCUGAGUCAGAUUAUCGAAUUGACGAAUCCAGAACCGUUCGUGGAGAGGGGAACUGCCCAAGUACUUGGAACACCUCAUGCAGUGUCACAGUUUAAAAUUGCCAAGGUUGAGGAGGGCUCCCUGCUAAAGCGUUCGCGUACGUAUAUCUUGUAUAAAGAAAUGACGGGCACUUUUACCUUUAUUCGUUGUUGUGAACCUGUUGUCGGUUUCGGCCAUAAUUAUCAGAAAGCCUAUGGUUUCCGUCAAAAAGAUGUUAUUUCAUUUCGGGUGGUUGAUCAAUUCCAAGUUACGAAUGAUACGAGUUUUGCAAAUGUAUUCAAGUACUCUUUUGCUGUCACUAAUUCUAAGGGUAUUGAAGUUAUUAGACUGGAUCCAAAGCUACGGAAUAACAUUCCUAGUCAAGUCAGCCUUUAUGACUCACCAGCCCGCAACUUUGCAAUGUCAUCGAAACCGUUAUCUUUGCUGCGGACUUCAAAGCGCGGCAUUUUUGCUUGUUGUUAUGAAACAGGUGCUUUUUUUGUUACUAGUGAAGGUCAGCUUACUCGUACAACGGAGUUUAUUAACUGGUUGGGCACUCCAGAACAUGUCUGCAUGGUUGGUGACUACUUGUUAUCCUUUGACAAAAACUUUGUUGAAAUUUGGAGCACUGAAACUUUGCAAUUGGAACAAAUAAUUCAGGGAAACUCCAUUCAAUAUCAUCCCAGCGGCUCCGAAUGGCACCCAAGCGGCAUAAUGCCUGUAUUUAGUAUGACACACCCUGUAUACCCUGACCGCCGCCUGAUCAUGGCAUUGGAACUAACUAAGCUGGGUAAUGAAUUGCCAUGAUUGCAUAAUUUCAUCGUUUUUCUUUAUCGUUCAAAGUCUUUUUCGUUCUUCUUUAUUUCGUUUUUAUUUCAUUUAUGUUUACCACUUUAUUCUCUUAAUUGUAAUUUAACUCGUAAUUAAAUUGCUCAAACACAAUAGUAAUUUACUACAUAAAAC